GUUGAGAGCAGCUGAAUGGGAGCGAGCGUCACCGACAGAGAGCUGACGUUGAAGUGGAGAGCCAAGUUGACGCGAAUGGAGCAGGUUGUGAAUCCAAACUGUAGAGAAGAUUAGCAUGGCCCCUGUGCAAGGAUGACACGCAAAUUCGUGAAGCGUUCCUCUCUCUCUCUCUCUCUCUCUCUCUCUCUCUUUGUCUAAAUAUAGUGACAUCUGCCCACUCAUUCAGACGGAGAGGAAGUGGUGUGUAUGUGUCACUUUAAAGUUCAUUUGAAAGACCCACGAUGCAUGUGAGACAUGACCAACACCAAGGCCCUCUGGGAUAACUCGAUGCACAGCAUGGAGCCAACAGCUGGCUGCUCCCCCACAGUUCCAGAGCCAGAGUUGUACCGCUGCAUCCAGGCUGUGCUGCCCAGGGAAACAGACAACCAGCAGCCCAUAGACUGUUUCAACAAAGGCAUGCUGAGAUGGACGCUCCACAAGAAGGUUCAAAACAAUCCUGCCAACAGCUUAUCUCUGGUGUGGGUGCUGAUAAAGGACCUGGAGAAGGCUGAGAGAUGGGAUUCUCGCAAAUCCAUCAUCCCUCUGCUCCACACUCUCAUGUAUGCCAUCAUCCAGACGGCCUACAUUCCAGAUGAGCUGUACAAGCGGGUUUACGACUUUUGCAAGAGACUCAUGACCUACCCCCAACCCUAUUGCACCGUAGGACUCAGCUACACAAGACGGAUAAAAACUGAACGCUCCAUUCCAGGUCUGAUGUACCAGAGGAUGGUCACAGCAGAGCAGAGACUUAAAAAUGAAUACUAUACCUUUCAGGAGAGAGUAUUUGUCUUGGCUGACCCAGAGGUCUUCUCCGAUUCCCUGGGUCAAGUCCUGGUAGAUGAUUUUGAGGCGUCCGCUUCGGCUUCAGGUGGAUUUCUAAGUCCCCUAGAUCUCAUGCGCAGUGUGGUCCAACACUCCAUCCAGGCUGCUUUGGGGUCAGAGCAAUGCCAUGGGCCGAAGCUGGCUCAGGCCCUGAAGGACAUGGGUCAAGACAUUGAGCCGUACUUUCAGGAAGUGUUGGCGACUCUCGAGCAGAGCGCGGAGGAGGGCGGCAGAGGGCAAGGGGGAGUGUUGAAAGGCCGUCUCCAGCAGCUGUACAGUGAGAUCGUCAGUGACGGAGACUCAGACACCACCAGCUGUUGCGGAGAGCCAUUGUCCAGUGGACGACUGUGUGACUGCCCUCUUCCUAACCCAGAGAUGAGCUUCCACCUGUGGACAGAGCAUCUGGAUAUCUGGCGAGUGCUGGCCAAGUGGUUAAGAUCCAGCUCCGUGUCGGAGCAGUUCUCCAGCCAGGAGCAGGACGACUUCGACCUGGGUGAUUCGCCCUGUGACCUGACGCCGUCUGACAUGACCCGCUUCUCUGUCAUGUCCAACGACAGCGGCAUCGAACGAGACCUGCCUCCAAGCACUGAUGCCUCGCCAACCUCAUCUCUGGACACUGCCAGCAUGAGUGCACCAUGGGAACAGUGCAAAAUUAAACAAGAGUCAGGAAAGUUGUCACGGCAUGGAGGGAUCAAGUUGAAGCCAUCUGUGAAGGACAGCAUGGUGCUGAUGCAGGAUACCCUGGAGGACCAGGCGAGUCUCGGAGGAGGAGGCAGCGGAGGGACGGGAGGACGAAGAGGGGCAACUCUGCAGAGGCGGGCGGGGAGCACGUCGAUGCAGAGCACUUGCACCAAGCAGCAGAGAUACUUCACUGCCAGAAUAGUCACCAUGGGGGACGACAGGGCACUGGGCCGCCUCGCCAAGGCCUACUAUUUCUUCAGGAAAAGGGAAGCGCGGCGGCUUUUUCUUACAAUGAAAGUCAACCUCCAGUUUUACUACAUCCCUGUUUGCAAGGCUCCAUUGCACAUCUCCUCAGUCAAGGAAAACCACGCCAUCAAUCAGUUCAUGGGGGAUUCCUGCACUCUUGGUUCGUACUUGAGCAUGGUGGACCCAUGGUACAACUGUAACAUCAAGAGUUUAGGCACCAUGAUCCCCAAACUGGCGAAGAUGCAACAGGCGAACCCCGGCCGGCCAAAAGAGCCCUUCAUCUCUGAUGUCAUCUCCUACUACGUCCGUACUGGCCAGCAGCCAGUCUACUUCAGCAUCUAUUUCGUUAAGCUCACAUUCACCAGCAUGACCAAGGAUCCUGUAGAAGAUGUGUUCCUAACCCAUCUAGAGAUGGGGUUUCCCGAGUUCAGACAGAUCUCAGCAACACUUAGAGCAGAUAAACCAAGGAGGAGCUCGGGGGAGGUGUGUGGAGCUGUCAUCUCGAUGAAUUACAAGAAGGUGACAUUAAGCGGCAGAGACAUUGACAAAGGGAUCUCAGUAAGGACGUCAGGCGCUCAGAUCAGUGCUAUUCCCUCCAGUGAAGCAGAAGAUCUGAACUGUUUGACACUGAUGUUGAAUGAAUCUCCAACCAAAACUAAAAACAGCAGUGUGGGGUCAAAGAUCCGGACCAGCCACAUUAAGAUUCGCUCUUUGGAGAGUCGCUCUUUCGUCGUCACACUGGACAGAGAUUCUCACAGGACCUACAAAGAUGUGCAGGGCAUCGAGGUCUCCCCGUGUCUCGAUCCCGGAUACUGCGUCCAGAAAACCAUCAGGUCCAAACUCAGGCUGGGAGCGGACAAAAACGCGGGACUGAGCAAAUACAUGAGCAAAGGACUUCCUCUACCAAUCAACACAUUUGCUGGCAUCGUCAACUGACGCGAUGGAGCAACGUCGCACAGAAACUUGGGAGUUGAGGCCACCCGCGCAGGAAUGGUCGUUACCUCUGUGAUGACAGAAGUCUAGUCUGACAAGUGCAGAGAUAAAAAGGAAUCUUCAUCCUUUGAGUUGCACUGAGCUGCCCCUGAGACCAGCUGCAGUUCUGUGAGUCAGGACCGACUGUGCCACGUGUGGACAAGAGCAACUUGAGGCCAGAUACAACACAUACUGUACUGGCGUCCGUUUCAGCUGUGAUUACAGUAAGAAUUUUAUCACACUGCAGCGUUUGAAUAAACUCCUCACAGUGUUUUUACUCUUCAUGAGAAAACCAGUCAGUCAGUACAUGCUGAUUGGACUAAUGCGAUGAGAGCAACAUUGCAAGAGACACUGGACACAAGGAAGCAAAGGUGUUCACCUGCACACAGUGAAGACUUCAGGGCUACCGAUGAUUGGGCGACUAAUCAUGUGACAUUAUCAUUAAAACUCUGCAGGCACAAGAUUUGAAGGGUUGAAAAUAACAGUUGCUUAACUUCAGACACACACUACCUUUUACUGCAUCCAUGACGCACACACACACACACACACACACACACACACACACACACACUUAUACACAAAAGAAUGCAGAAAUACUCAAUGAAGGACUGGUACGAUGACAACUGAUUGUUCACUGUUGCCUUUGUCUUUGCAGAAUCAUUUAAAUAACUUUAUUCCCACACCUGUUGAAUGUUUUAAGCUCUUACGAAGGUUCAAAUGAUUGACAUUAUACCUGGGUUUAGAGUUCGGAAACAAUCUCGAAAUGGGCCAGAACCACAAUAUGCUGACCGCAGUAGUUAGAACCAUGUGCAAUGUCAUACAGGAAAAUGUUGUGUUUUAGGGGUAUCAGAUAGACGUGUGGAUAAUACACAGGCCGAGGUGCAAAAUAGCUGUAGAGCUGACUUUUUCUUCUUCAGAGCCUCCAUCUACUAACCUCAAGUCGCAAGAUUCAUGCUUGAUAUUAUACGAGAAGUAAAUUCCAGUAAAUGUCUCAAAUGUACUAUACCACCUCUGAGGUGAGGAAACCCCCCAGACUCCCAUUCACUCAAUGUGGUGCACUGCAUAAAUGUGCUCAUCUUGAUCCAUUUGCACUAAAACUGCAGGUUAUCUAUAGUUUACCUUAUGGAAGAGGAGCAGCUGUGUGUAAUAUGACCUGUGACUAUGCGUUAUUAUUAUAAUAUUCCAUAAUUAUGGAAACUUUCGCGUAACAUAAAGUCAUGAGUUGAUCAAUAUCUGACACAACUUUUGGUUAAGUUGUUAGUUAUUUCUUGAAAAGAUAUAGGUCUUGUGUUUAAAAAAAAGAGAAAUCUUUAUUUCAGAGUCACAUUUUACAUUAUUACCAGAAAAUAGCUCAGGAGUCAGAGUGUGAUGGCUCUUCUGAGUUUCGGUAUGAUCUUGAGAACAACAAGCUUAGGAACUGAAAGUGAUGUGUUAUUGGCUGCAUGACAUCAAAUCAUUUGAGCCCAUGUGUCUGUGUGUCAAAGACAAAGUGAGAAGACAAAGAUUUUUAUUUCUCAUUUUUACAUAUGGUGAAAAAAGUUGAAAUCUGGAGAAUAAACUGGAAAUUUUUCCAGAUCAAACCUGAAGAAUAUGUCAAACUACCAACAUUGGUGCAUAUAACUGCCUGCACAAAAUAGAUGUUUCAGCAGCAAGGAGCUCGUCUUUUAGCUCAUAAACACGGUUUAGUAAUCAGAGUUAUGUGUUUGAGGAGAUUGCGCUGUUUGUUCAGAAGUAGAAACUUCACAAGCUUGGAAGGAUGGAAACACUGGCAGCCCACUUACGGUAGCUGUCAGUCGCUCCUCUAGCUGGAUUUGAUGGACCAGUCGAGUGUCUUUAUUCUCGACAUUUCAACAUUAUUCUCAAAAUGCAAAAAAAGGAAAAAAAUAAAAUCUUCCUCCUCUCACUUUAUUUUUUCCAUGCCUGGCCCUGAUACUCCUCUGCGAGGAUGUAAAUAUAAAUGUAGAACGCAAUUGCUUAAAUAAAUGAUUGUUUUCGGAGAA